GUCAAUGCGAAAGAUUCACAUCUGUAACGUAACUUUAUAUUAAAAACAUAACACCAUCAAUCAUUGUGUGGAAGAUCAAACAUUAGAAACAAUUUCGUUGCUCUCUGAAACAGAGUUGAAAAAAUGAGGAUAACUCCUAAAUGUUCUUUGUUUCACCACAGAUUUAUUACUGGAGACAAACCAGUUCUUAGGCUUGGCGAUGAGUUCUUGAGGAACCACACGAAAGUGUUGCUAAUAUCAGACGCCUCGGACAAAAUUUGGAAAGUGAAACUUGACGGAAACAGGCUCGCCGGCGGCUGGGAAGAGUUCGCCAAAGCUCAUAGUUUCAGAGACGGAGACGUCUUGGUUUUCAGACAUGAUGGAGACGAGAUCUUUCAUGUAGCUGCGUCCCCUAGAUCCAAUUCUUGUGGUACAAGUCACCACGCAUCUCCCAGCUUCGUUGACACUGACGAUGCUGAGAGUGAUGAUGACUAUUCUGAAUCUGAUGAUGAUGAAGAAGAGGAGUGUGAGGAUGAGGCAGGGGACAUUUUGGUGAACAAGACCAAGAAAACAGGAGGCUUCUCUUGUUUCCUCAGAGCACGUGUCACUCCUUAUAGCCUCAUCAAAGAUCGUUUGGAUCUUUCUAAAGAUUUUACCGUUGUGUCGUUUAAUGAGCACAUCAAGCCCUGUGAGAUAGAUUUAGUCAACGAGAAAGGAAGAAGAUGGACAUUGCUUCUUUCAAAAAACACCUCAAGUGGUGUGUUUUACAUCAGACGAGGCUGGGUCAACUUCUGCUCAGCUAAUGGGUUAAGUCAAGGUGACAUCUGUAAGUUCAAACUUGCAGAAGAUGAAGAAAGGCCUGUGCUUCGGUUGUGUUCAUCUAGCAAUAGCCAUGAAGAAGAAGAAGAGUGCCUUGAAGCAGAUGCAGCGAAGAUUGGUUCUGUAGGAGGCUGCAGCAAAGAGAAGAGAAGGUUGGAUGAAUGUUCGAAGAGAAAGAAGAAGAAUAAUAAUCCUUCCAAGUUUCUGACAAUAAAGUUGACACCUAACCGUUUACAGACCGGGCAGCUAUAUAUUUCAUCGGUUUUCAUAAAUGAGAGUGGCAUUAAGAAGUCUGGAGAGAUAACUCUAUUGAACCAAGAUGGAAGAAAGUGGCCAUCUUAUCUACAGAUGACUGGACAGUGUGGAAGUGAAUGGUUUUAUCUGAGACAUGGCUGGAGAGAGAUGUGCAAAGCUAAUGGAGUUAAAGUGAACGACUCGUUCGUGUUGGAGUUGAUUUGUGAAGAUGCUAACCCUGUGCUUAGAUUCUGUUCUAAGGUUGAUAACAAGGGAGAAGGAAACAGAAGACCUGGUAAGAAAAGAGCUCAUGAGGAGGCUCCAAUGGUAGAAACUGAGGGACGGAAGAGAGGACGCCCUAGGCUUUCAAACAGACACGCCACUAACUCAAGUAACUUGCGACGCACGCAGCAAGAAUCUUGCUCAGUCGCUGACCAAGUGGCUAACGUGAAGCUGAGCAUUCUAGAUACUCUGAACACUGUGAGACAGUUCCGAGCAGAGCUUGAAGCAAGGGAAAAGAAUCUGGAAGCUACGUUACUAGAAGUUGACGGCUUAGGGGAGAGGAUAUUGGAAAUCAGCCAAAGCCUCACCAGUAAUAACGUAUAACUGAAGAGUGGUUUAUAGAAAUAAAAGACUAUCUGCAACCACUUUGUGGUGGUGGUGGAGUUGCGUGUUCCACAAGAACCGCUACUUCCUACAUACUAAAUUAGGUUUCUUUUUCAGUAUUUCAGAAUUCAGACUCAUUUUCUUGGUGCAUGUUGUUGUGACUUUAGAUAAGCAAUUACACUGCUUUGUGAUAUC